ACUUUAUUAAAAUUUAAUAAUGUUUCCCUUGGUUACAGUACAGGUAAGUAACCUGGGAGUGCUGGUUAAUUACUUUUGUUUUGAAGAAACAGUUUGAUGUUCUUCUGACAUUAUGGCAAUUUCCAGACAUGUUUGGAGGUUUAUAGUGUUAUUUUGGAUCACUUAUGUGCAUGCACAAAAUUGUCAAAAACCUGAUAAUGCUUUUACGUUACAAUGUUUUCGAAAAUCUGGAUCGAGGUAUGAGGAAGUAAAAGAUGGAGAGUCGAUUUAUCGCAAAGAUUUUCUUCAGGUAAAAAUGACCCCGAUUAAGGGCGCUUGCAGCCCUUCGAUCCAGGACUAUAUUAUCCUUAUUUCUCCACCCGAUCCAAAAUUGAACGCAAUAAACUGGGACACCCACGAAAGAUUUGCAACUGUAGAUGCUGUUGGUCAGGCUACAUUUACAAUUAAGCCUUACACGAUUGGCCAAAAACCAGUGGAAAUAAUUGUUUAUCCGGUUAAUAAACAGACCAAAAGCAAACGUGCAGACAGUAAAAAAGCCAAAUUCACAGUUAAACUUGCGAAGCCUAUUGUUAACAUGAAUCCAGAAUAUUACGCGCGCAAGACUUAUGGGUUUGCCGUUGAAAUGGACGCGAAAAAUCCAAAUAUCGAAUCGAACAGUGAUGAAGGGCUUACAAUAACUUGGACGUGUAUUUUGAUAGACAAACAAGGUGAUAAUCCUUUGUGUACCGAGGACGUAAUGAACGGCUUUAAGGAUAAAAAAAAGAUCUCGAUUCCCAAUUCUAUCGAAUCGGUGAAUAGGUUCCAGUUGGUUGCAAAAGUGGCCCUAAAAGAUGAUCCGUCGAUUUUCGCGGAGGAAAAAACCGUGAUUUUUUUUAAACCCGAAGGUACAGCCCCACUGUCUAUUACUUGUCAACAAAACAAGGCACCGGUAGAUUGCCUGAAAUUAAGCAGCUUCAUGAAGACGAACAUCGUCGCAGGCUGCGGUGCCAAGUCUAAUUUGGAAGAUUUUAAUAACUGCUCUCCGGUUUUCUUUAGGAACCAGCCCUUUUUUUUCACGUGGAUAUUCUUGACUAUCGAUACCUUCAAACCGCCCAAGGAUCCUUCCGAGAUAGAACUCUCGAAAAUUACUGGACUUGAUAAGAGCAAGGUUUUAGCCGAGUCGGGUGCCCUCAUACCGGGUGCACAAUACCUUUUGAGGUUCCAGUUAAAAGCCCAUGAUGGGAGUGUCAUCCACACUUACCUAAAGCAAGUGAGGAUCAUGGAGGAUUUGUCGGCACUUACCGGCUGUGAAAUAAUGCCCAAAAAAGGAACCGCCGGUCAAACCGGUUUCAGGAUCAAGGGUUGCAACUAUGAGCCCGGAUCUUUGAAUUUCGAAAUUUAUUCUAUUAUUGGGAAAAAAACUUCGCUCUUAGCGAAAACCAAUAAAAUAGAAACGGAGGUUUUCGUUCUCCCGGUCGGAUCUAAAGUUCGGCUUGAUUAUAUUGAUUCCAGCACCGGAAAUAUAAAACAUCUAAAUUUUGACGUGGAGGUGACGAAAAGUCUCGAUAGCAAUCAACCGACCGAAGCACUCGUCAACGAUAUUAAAAACAAACUUAACGAGGCAGCGAAUGUAGGGAAGGACGAUAAGAACAUGGCGAUGCAAAUCAUCGGUGCAGUCGAGGAGGAAUUUUCGAAAUUACCCGGAUUGCCUGCAAAAGAGUUAGAUCGGAAGAUAUUAGACGUAAUAAAGAAGAUCGAUAUUACCAAUGCAGCGGGUGCCCAACAAGCGGCAAACAUCCUAGAACAUAUAGCGAACCGAUACAAUCAGUCAGAUCCGGAUAUAUCGGUCGAGGCGGCGGUUUUAUGCCAAAAGGCCGGACAGACCAUGCUAGAAGAUGCCAAACUUAUAAAAAAUCCCGAGAUAAUGAAAGAACGUUUGACCAAUGCUAUGAAAUCGCUAUCCGGUUGUUCUCAAGUAGGCCUAAAACCGAAUCCAGAGGAGGUCGCUCAACCCCCUAUAGAUAUAACAGUUCCAACCACCGAUAGCCCCUUGUUACCCCCGAAAGGGCCUCUGGAACAUUAUCCUGACUAUGUUGACGACGAGAGUGCCUCCGAAAAAGCCUCCCAAUAUGAAGUGGCGGCCACACUGAUGGAAAGCAUGUGCUUCACCAAUUCCAAGCUGCUUAUUUACACGAUGGAUCAGGACGAAAGACCUUUGAUUAACGAACAGGGGUCUAUGGUUGUUGUAUCUGCGAAAAUGACCUGCCAAAAUGCCGUCUCUCAAUACGUAACGUCACCCGAGGCACUAGUCAAGGCUUCUCAAACGUGCCAUAAGAAAAACGUCGCUGUUGUAAAUAUAAUGAUGUGUACAACCGAUAAAAAUCCUUACUGGUACAUAGACAACAUACCAUUAUACACCCCGGUGCUCUAUCUGAAUUUUACUGGGAUACGAGAGAACUCUUCUGAAGAUAUAGAUCUUUCAGGAGAAGAUUACUUUUCAAUUAAGCUAGUUAUGGGCGAAACGUUGUCUUGGCCAUCAUUAAAAAUCCAAGAGGCGGAUUUACCAUUGAAAGCAAUCACUGACUUAAAUGAUGACAAUCAGAUUUCCACUCAUAGAAUCUUCGUUCCCCGUGGACGAGGGUUUACUGUUCAGUUUAUCAAUCUCGCUGCAGCGGAUAGUUAUGACGUUACUUUGCUGGACUUCGAGAAGCCCACUUUAAAAACGUUCCAGCUAAAAAGGAUACACGUAGAUCAAACCAACAACGUAAUAGUUAUCUCCAGAACGCAUCCUUACGACUGUUUCUGGUUCCUUAGCGUGUUACCGAGUGAGAGAGUAAUUAGCGGCUCUAAAGUCUACCAGUUUACGGUGUCAUCUAUAGGCUGUUAUGUGUGGAAUCAGACCGCCAAGUUUUGGCAACCGUCUUGUAGAGCCGAAGAAACCACUACGAAAAACAUAACCUGCCAUUGCAAAUCUGGUACAACCUUCACCGGUUAUCGCAGGGACAUCGUGGUGACAUACGAGGAAGAAGAAGCGUUCAAUUUCAAGUUACAAAUUUCCUACUGCUGGAUUAUUUAUGCCGCGACUCUAGUAACGUUCACGGUUUUCACUUUGCUACUGUUCAUGACUAGUUUCGAGCGCGACGAUGAUAUAUUGGAAAUGGUUUUUUUUGUGGGAGACGUGCCCAGUUUCUACGAAUAUGCUUAUUUGAUUUACGUUAAUACUGGGAAAAAGAAGCACGCGGGUACCACGUCUAAUGUAACCGUCAAGUUACGGGGUACUGAGGGCGACAGCUUGGAGCACGUACUAAACUAUCCAGAUCCGGAUUUAGUGAUGAUGCAACGAAAAACGGAAUGUUGGUUCGUGGUGGCCAGUCAGAAGAGGUUGGGUGACAUAACGGAAUUAGAGAUAUGGUUUGAUUCCCUUGGAAAUAAUACCAACUGGUACUGUUCAAAAAUCGAAAUCUUCGACUUACAAACGUCAGCCGCAUGGUUGUUUGAAUUAGAAAAUUGGUUUAAUGUGACUAAAGAGGGACAUCAUAAGUUUGUCUUGACACCAGUAAAACGUAGAUCCGUUUCUAAGGAGAAUGCUAUUAAGAGUUCACGUAUUGCCAAUGCUAUCAGGGAUUUAUGCGGUAAACUGGAGAUCGAAGUUAAUUUAUGGACGCUUAGUGCCAAAGACGCUCUUUUAUCGAGAAAAGAACGGGUGAUGUUAAUAUUUACUGCAAUGUUCCUAAUGUACGUGAUAAUAAUGUUCAUCUACUCAGUACCGCAGUUUAACGAGUCUGAUACAAUUGACAUGAACUCUUUUGGAUUUCAUAUAAACAUAAUAUGGACUCCGCUAGUUGGAAGCAGUAUCGCCUUUCUUAUCACAUGUCCUUUCGUUUAUUUAUUUAAAAGAGGCAAACUGAUUGGCAAUAGGAAUAUGAAUAAGUGCACAGUUAUUUGCCAUAUUGAGUGGUCUCUACUGAUUUUCAUUCUAUUAGCAUCAGUCACGGCCCUUAUAGUUUGCGGUUUCUUUAUACCAACGGACACGAGCCUCUUAUGGCUGAUUUCAUCUGCAUUGGCCGUUUUAAUAAAUUGGUUCUUUUUGCAGAACUUAUCCAGGAUUUUCUACAUUUAUUGUAUAAAGUUACAUAUACAGGCGCAAUCGUUUGCGGAAACAAUUAAAAGAAUCAUUAAUUAUGUUGAGUUGCAACGGAUCUGGGUCUAUAAGCGGUUCGGUGCUUUGGGAUUGAGGCCUUAUUUGAAACAUUUGUAUUAUGAUUUGGAUUAUAUCUCUUUAAAGGAACGCAUAAAAUGGGAAUAUACUAAGCUAAGAAUCAAAGAAAUACUAGACGAUUUAAUGAUGAUAAUACUGUACGUUACCUUGCUCUAUCUAAUGUUGAUGCUGGAUAGAGAACAGCAGGCGAUUUAUAGCCAUAAGGAGGUGAAGAAACUGGUUGAAUUUAAGACGAUUGAUAGGAAACCAGUUAAAGUUAGGUCUAUUAAAAGCAUGGAAAAUUACAUAACGGAAAUGCUACUGCCGUCCGUUCAGUCCCUCAAGUGGUACGGCAAGUUUAUCCAAGAAAACCCCGGAAUGACCAGGGAUUUUUCCAACACUUACCUCGGUGUAAUUCGUCUGAGGCAGCACCGAACGCAGGAAGUCCACUGCAAAAUACCUCCAGAAAUGAUGGAUUUAACGUGGAACCAAAGAUGCCGUCCGGAUUUUGGACGUUUCAUCGAUAGAGGGCAGUACUCCAAAGACUGGCAGCCUCCUAAUCAGUUUAUCAAUGCCACUGGUCGCAUGACAGGCGUUUGGAAGUAUCGCGAUAGUAGCGUUACUAAAGCACCCUUUUAUUUCGGUGAAUAUGCGUAUUAUCCAGGUGGAGGUUACGUGGCAACCCUAGGAAGGAACCUAAAGAACUCCUUGAUAAACAUGCAAUAUCUGCAGAAGCACAAAUGGUUCGACUUGAGAACCAGAGCGGUUUUUCUGGAGUUCCUAAAUUAUAACCCUAACGUUAACCUGUUUAAUGGGGUCACUGUCAUAUUCGAGCGUAACUCCGCUGGAUAUAUCAUCAGGCAUUUUGAGAUUUUAACCAGGAAGUUCCUCUUGAUCGAUAGAAACAGAAUCUUUACGUUGGAAGUGACAUCUAGUUUAUUUGCCAUAUCUAUUUUCAUCUUGGUGGUACGUGUGCUGUAUAAAUUGGUUAAGAAAAGAGCAGCGUAUUUUAAUGACGUUUGGUCCUUGUUUGACAUUGUUAUUAUUCUUUUAACCGGGAUUUCUAUUUACUUCUCUUAUGCCAGAGACAAAGCGAUCAAGUCCUAUAUAAAAACGGUGUCAAAUGCGAAAAACAACGAGUUUAUACCAUAUUUUCAUUUAUUUGACACGGAUGAUUUGUUGACUGUUUUAACAGGGAGUUUAGUGUUCGUGGCCACUCUUCGCCUCUGGAAGUUAUUAAGGUUUAUGGUAAUAAUAAAAAUAGCCGAAAAAACGAUAAGCCUCAGUUGGAAAUCUUUACUAGUAUGCAUGUUAUACCAAACCGUGUACUUGAUAGCAUUUUCGGCCAUUUUUGUGAUAUUUAUUUCAUCGUCAGGCAAGGAUUUCCGAGAUUAUCCUACCGCCUUUACAACGCUACUUCUCCUGAGCAUGAAUUUAUACAACAACUUUAACGUUAAGCAGUUCGAUAAUCACCCGUUGGGGGUGUUAUUUUACGUAGUAUUCAUGCUGUUCUCCCUGUUGUUUAUGACGGUUUACAUUGCCAUCGUCAAUAUUUACUAUGCAGACGCCAAGGAUUUAUAUGCGGACGAUGAGAGUCAAGUGAAGAAAUUCGUGCAGGAAAAAUGGAAGUACUAUAAGAAUCUACUGAGGGUCAGGAGGAAGAAUCUUAGAGGUGGAGAAGAUAUCGAACCGGAUGAUGGGCUCGUGAUAAAACCUAAAAGUGGCGAAAGGUUCGAGGAUGCCAUAGCGGUGCCAAAGAACAGGAUGGACGCGAUGACGUUUAUAUCCAUGUGCGUCUUAAGGAAAAGAGAAGGCAUUAAAAUUACCACGGAGGAAGAUUUUCAGCUGAUGUCAAAAACGAUAAAGGCUCUUUACGGUAAAUCGUCAAAAAAAGACAUUUUCUUCAUAACGGGCGACUCCCAACACAUCCAAUUCGUCGCCAACCGAAGACUUUGCCAGAUAGCCGACUUGUGUGAAAAACUCGUGCGUAUAUCCCGAAACGACGUCAGGGCAUCCAGGAAAAUAGGCAAAACCAUUAUACAAACCAGACUGGAUCGCAUCAACGUUUUAAUCGAAAAUAUUGAUAUUAUUUCGGAUAUUUUUAAAAAUAUUCAACUUAGUAUUAAGUGAAUUGUAUAUAAAUAUAUUUUUUUAAUAACUGUUAA